GGAACCCUUAGCGCGUGAAGACUAGCAGCAGACGCGAGAUCUACCUUGGUUCAUCCCAUCUGACCUGACAAUGAAGCAGCCGUGGCCGUCAUUAUGCGCCCUCAUUGGCAUCGUCCUGCCGCAGCGUGCUGCCGCAUUCCGUACGCCCAUGCAGCUAUCGCGACUGCAGCACUCCCACCCCUCUCAGUCACUCUCGACACACAGCAGAAGGCAACACAGGCGGCAGUCGGCCACCCGUCAAGGUGUGUCGAUGCAGCUGGUGGAGACCGCGCCGCCGUCAGCCGAGGUGCUGCCGAUGAAGACGGCCUUCAGCAACGUGCCGCCGUCCGUCGAGAAGAAGAUCGGGCGCAAUCUGCACAACCAGAAGAACCACCCGCUGGAGAUCCUCAAGCGGCACAUAUAUGACUACUUCCUCGCCCUCGACGGCUACAACUUCUCGAGCCACGACUCGCUCUCGCCCGCUGUGUCACUCGAGGACAACUUUGACAAGCUGCUGAUUCCCCAGGACCACCCCGCCCGCGGCAAGACCGACACCUACUAUGUCAAUGAGGGCACGGUGCUGCGGACGCACACGUCGGCGCACCAGAAUGAGCUGCUGGCGCAGGGGCACCGGUGCUUUCUGGUGACGGGGGAUGUGUACCGGAAGGAUGAGAUCGACCGCUCCCACUACCCCGUCUUCCACCAGAUGGAGGGGCUCUGCAUCGUCGACGACGGCGUCGACCCAAAGGACGACCUCAUGCGGGUCAGUCAGACCCCUCCCCACUCACCACACGCAUACACACGCGAUACACGACUGCGCCCUGUCGGUGCUCUCCCUUCCUCAGGUGAUCGGCGGUCUGAUAGAGCACCUGUUCCCAGGGUGCGAGUGGCGGCUCAACGCCGACUACUUCCCCUUCACCGACCCCUCCUUUGAGAUCGAGGUCAGGUACCAGGACAAGUGGCUCGAGAUACUCGGCAUGGGCGUCGUCCAGCCAAAGAUACUCGAAAACAACGGCUUCAGCGGCGAGAGGGGCUGGGCUUUUGGUGUGGGCUUGGAGCGGCUGGCGAUGCUGUUCUUCGACAUCAAUGACAUCCGUGUGUUCUGGUCGGAGGACCCCAAGUUCCUCUCGCAGUUCGAGAGCGGGGAGUUCGUCAAGUUCAAAGAGUUCUCGAAUGUCGACCCGGUGAGGGAGGGAGGGAGCGGUGGAAUGCAAUUCAACUGCACGGUCGCGCUGACCUAUAUUGUCUGUAUUCUCUGUGUGUGUGUGUGUGUAGGUCGAGAAGGACAUAUCGUUUUGGCUGGACAGUGACGAAGUGGCUGAGGGGGAAGACGGAGACGACGACUGGACCUGGUACGCCCACCACUACACAUCUGCACCCGCGUGGACACACUCAUGGGUGCAGUGUGCUUGGCCGGUCUGUGUUGUGUUGUGUUGUCCAGGACGGACGCGAAUUCGUUUUACGAGUUGAUUCGCGAGAACAGCGAGGACCUGAUAGAGGAGAGCAUUCUGGUCGACCGCUUCUUCCACCCCAAGAAGAAGCGAUUCAGCCACACAUACAGGCUCAGGUUCAGCCCAGCCGCGACGGUCAAGGUGCGCGACACACACACAUAUGGAUAGAAGAGGCAAUGGUGAAUGCGGGCAUCCACCGAUCUUUGUCUCUAUGUGUGCGUUGGUCUGAUUUGUCAGGACCCGGCUGAGUUCACGUCAGCGGCGAAUGAGAAGAUGGAGAUGAUCAGAUCUCUGGUCGCGGAGAACCUGAGGAUCGAGCUCAGGGAAAAGUGACCAUGAAGAUGAGGACGAGGGAUGCAUGCUCUCUGCUGUUGUGUGUCAUGUGGCGGGGAGAGAGGCAUGUAGUCGUCUAGCUUUGACGCUGUGUGCCGUGUCCAUUCGUUUGACUGCCGCGUCGGAUGCCUCUCGUGUUUCUUGAGCAGACAGUAACACGAAACACAUCUAAGGCGGCAGCGGAAACGAUCGAUUGAGAUGGUGAAGG